CCAACCGCAUCCAGGAAGUAGCUGAAGUCUAGAGGGAUAACAGCUCCAAAAUGCUGUAAAACUUGUCUCAAACCUAUCAGUUUAUCAUCAAAAAGGCGUAUCAAAGAAAUGGGUGCCGAACAUUCUAUACCUCUUAGUCAGAGGCGUACGCAAGGAAGUCCCAUUGACUCCCUGUUUGAGCGCGCUGUUCUUGAUGCUCUUCGUGAAAUAGCUGAAGAAUCAUCGGUGCCAUCCGAACAGAUUGAGCAUGCGUGGGACCCCGAAGACUGCUCACCGAGGUUCCGAGUUUUGAGUGACAGGUUGACAGCUAGAAGACUUCCCUCACCUCUCACCACAGAUGGCAUAAGAGGAAAGAAAGGAUACAGAGAAGGUCGACACGUGUGGGAAAUAACGUGGGAACGGGACGAACGAGGCUGCUACGCGGUUAUCGGAAUCGCUCACCCCCAGGCCCCCCUUCAGUGCCUUGGUUACCUGCCACUGAUUGGAUCCAACUCAGAAUCGUGGGGAUGGAAUUUAAGCAACAAAGUGACAUUCCACGAUGGAAAGGCGUCUACUUAUCCGGUGAACAAUCCGGGAUUAUUCGUUCCUGAUACAGUUUACUGUAUACUGGACAUGGACAACCUUACUUUAAGUUUUGCGACAGAGACCACAUAUCUCGGUGUGGCGUUUCGUAAUUUACCUCGCGAUCGGGAGAAGCCUUUGUGCCCAUGUGCAAGUGCGGUUUACGGCAAUUGUGACAUCAAAAUGAGGUAUAUGGGAAGGGGAGACGCCUUUAUUGCCAAGUUAGAAGCAUCAAAAGAGAAAGCUUCGCAACCGCCAACUUCCCUUGCAGUCAAGCCCCCACCGGAAUUACCUGGUCCCAAGUCUCCUCUUCAGUCUCCGAGUUCCUCGGAGUCAUACAAGUUCUCUCAAAACUGUGGAGAUAACAUUGCUAUGAUGCUUGGGGGGAAGAAAGCCAGGAGGAUCGAUGCCCUACAGAAUUUAAACCAUGGAGUUGUGAUGACUGUACAACCUUUGAAAGAUGAUGAGCUGUUUGAAGUACGCUUGGACAGUAAAGUGCCAAAGUGGUUUGGCACUCUAGACAUUGGAGCCACGACAGUCUCCCCCGAAGGCCUGGAGUUUCCUCCUUCCAUGGAUCGCUUUCGACAAGGCGUGACGUUUGCACUCUGUGAAAAUAAAAUACUAAAAAAUGGAAACGAAAUGACAGAGAUAUCAAAGGACUUGAAUGAUUUGACGGUUGGAGAUCGAGUGGGGGUGAUGCGCAAGUUAGACAAUUCCUUGCAUUUUUUCAUAAACGGAAUAAAUGUGGGCAAGCAGGUCAAAACCCUUCCGCCUGUUCUUUAUGGAGUCGUGGAUGUAUUCGGUCAAGCUGAAGAAGUAACUAUAACUGGUGGUACGGCGGAAACUCAAAGCAGUAACCAGGAUGGGGUGGACUCUGUCUCCGUUAUGGUGCGCAUGAACAACAUCAUCGACAUCAUAAAAGAUGGAAAGUUUAACGAUCUUUUGUUCGUAGUCAGAAAAGUGGCGAAAGAUAUACUAGAGCCUUUUUCCGAGACAGACGACAGGCAGCUUCGCAUAAAGUAUGGUGACCAUUUGUCAGACAUCGGUGCUCCUAUGUACCUAACCAUGCUUCUUCGCCGGGUGAUGGACAUGGGGAUGGAGACUCAAGCCGGGGGGCUCGGCAUGUGCGUGAUUCGUAGUGUAUUUUGGAAUUACGCGGACGCCAGCUUAAAAAUGGCGAGAGGUUUGGGACGAAGUGGGGCUCUGAAUAUUAUGUUAAAUGAUUUGGACACCUUUGGCCCGUACAGUUCCAUAGACGAGAAAAAGAAAUUCCUGGUCUUUUCUACAAUGAGUAUUCUGCACAACUGCUCUAAGGCUGCAGAAAAUCGUCAGAUCCUACUUAAUCUGAGAGCGAUUGAGAGGAUUUCGCCAUUCCUGAAGGCAGAUGAUGUGGAAAUUGUUAUGGCAGCAAUUUUGACACUUGCACACAUAUCCUCCGAUGACCAGAAAAAACGUUUGGAAGCAGAGAGCAGAGUAAUAGGCUAUCUGAUUGGUAUGUUGCGAGAUGCACUGAAUCAGUCCGACUUGCGAGUAAGAUCGGAUGGGGGCACGUGGUCUGCUCAAGAAAUCGCAGAGGGUUUGGGUAACCUGGUGGUGAAUGAAAAGAACAUGGAAGUUAUGCUGGAGAGAGAUGUUGUUUCAUUAAUGAUAUCACUCCUCGCGAAAGGUGGGGAUACUGAAAAGGAGUGUGCAGCUAACACCCUUUGGAUUAUCGCAAAGACAUCGAAAGGGAAAGCAAAGAUAAAGGAGACUGCAGCUGCUACAGAAGAGUUAACUCGCUUGAGCAAAAGUUCCAACCAGUCUGUGCAGGCGGCAGCCAAGAGAGUCCUUCUUAAGCUUAAGGAAACCACCUACACCCAAGGUGCAGCAAACAAACAGCCAAGAACACGCUGUGACUAUCAAGAGAAAUGCCGCACCUUCAAGUCAUCCCUCAAGCUUUCAGACGAGUUUUUCAACCCAAAGUUCGACAUAUGUUACUGUACAGAGUGUCACGCUGCCCGAGGCGACAACCUCUACUACACUCGAGGGCAGCCCGCAAAAGACUACGGGAUACCAAUAGGAUGGUGUCGGCUUGGACUCAUGGUCAAUCCUCGAGCUAAGGCUCUGGACGUGUUUAACAAAUGGCACGUAGCAUUCCAUGGUACAAGAGUCGAAAGUGUAAACGCGAUCCUAGAAGAAGGUGGUCUUCUUAUCCCAGGCGAUGUUGCGCUGGGAGGAAAGAAAUUAAGUGAGGAGGAUGAACAUUUUAAUGACGACCGUAAACCAACAGGGUUUGACACAAAGCAGAUCUUUGUAUCACCGAGUGUGCGCUAUUCAGGAGGCGACUCUUAUGCAAAACCAAAAAGUUUUACCCACCCAUCAACCAACAAAACUUACACCGCCAAGGCAGUUCUUCAACUCUGCAUCAACCCAGACAGCUACCAAGUUGGACCUCAGACAAUCGGUGCUACGGCUGAGAUUGAUCCAAAGUUUAGUAACCAAGAAAUUGAAUGGUCUACUAAGGAACGUGGCUCGAUUAUUCUUUACGGACUUCUGGUUAAACUCGAUGAAGAGAACUAAAUUUCCCUCUGCCGUAUUGAUAAUUUCAGUAUGUUUAUUUACAAGUGAUUUGUUUUUUGCUGUGUUUUUAAGAUGCGUGGGCCUUUUAAACCGUAAAAUUAGAUCGUGAGGCAUAGUGAACAAUAUGUCAUGCAGAAAAUACUCUAAAAUAACACAAAACUAGUGAAUAGAGGGAGUUUGAACAGUUUGACUGACCGACUGAGGGUUUGAGCAUGAUGAAACGAUAUGGGAGUAGUGUUUAAAUGCUCUUCUUCUUAUGAAUACUUUGUGAUUGCUCACAACUUGCAUUUUGAGAUGCCCUCUCAGACGUGCAAUUGAAAAAUUAGAAAACGCAACUAGGCUGUUCAGCUUGUUUCUCCAUUGUUUCUAAAACCCCCAUUUAUUGUUUACAAUGGCCACCCUAUGUCAGCUCUCAAACGAGCUUGUAGAGUAAUUUUGGUUAUUAUCUGCUCACAGUAAGUUUGGAAGCCUCCGUUUUUUUGCGAAGAGGGAACAAAAUGGGUCGUAAAGCCUCAGUGAUAUAUUCUUGUUUAUUAUUGUUAACCAAUAGCUAAUCUCAGUAUAUACUAGUCAAUGCCAUGGGAUCAUAUAAUUCAAUUUAACGACAGCAAUUAAAAGUUUAGUUACGGUAGAAUCCAAAAUGUAAUCGAUGUAGUUAAUAAGGUUUAUAUUAAAGGUAAUUGUUCUUUCUGUCUAA